AUGCCAACAUCAACAUUGGAGUUGGCAAUGAUGAUGAUGACGACCAAGCUAAAGAUCAAUCACAUCAACAACAAGGAGGAACAACAACAUACUUUAGUAGUACAGAAUGUACCUAUUGUAAGAGUGUUUGGGUCAACUCCCGCUGGACAAAAGACAUGUCUACACAUCCAUAAUCUCUUCCCCUACUUCUUUGUAGAGUACUCUGAUCAACUAUCACUACAACUUGAACAAGUGAACACUUAUAUACGCAAGCUUGUAGCGAGUAUCAAUCAAGCAAUGGGUCAAUCAUUCUCGAGCCAUCAACAUAUAUUCAAUGCGAGGAUGGUUAAGGGAAAGCCCUUCUACGGUUACUAUCCUCAAGACAAGAUGUUCAUCAAACUUAUCCUUUACAACCCAGAUAGUAUGAACAAGGUUGCAGGACUGUUAAGAAAUGGAUCUAUAAUGGGUAGGAAGUUCGAGGUGUACGAGGCACACAUACCAUUCAUGUUGCAAGUGUUCUUGGAUCACAACCUGGCUGGCAUGUCAUUCAUCAACUUUGAUAAUAUACUCUUUCGAAAGCCACUACCCUCUUGCAAGCGACUCUGGGGAGGCAAUCAACAAGACCUCUCACAAGACACAUCAUUUGACAACAGUCGUAUUGAACGAAGACGAUGGUUCAGUGAGUUCUGUCGAAGUGAUGACCCGGCAUUCAAACAUCUUUGGUCGCCCAUUCAAUCGAGGAAGACUACAUGUGAGCUUGAAGUGGAUGGCGAUAUAUUCCGCACGACCAACAUCAAUUAUAACAACAAGUCACCGACAAGGACAACAGAGAUAGAGGAGAAGCUGGUGCAUUCAUUGCGGCUCAUAUGGGACGACGAGCUGGAUAGGCGACGAGAGCAUGGCAUGACCACGCAGUUCACUCAAGCACAAUCACAGACAAGGAAGCCAUUCCCUCUGGGUUACUUUGCCAAACCACUAGCCUUCAAGAAGAUCGAUGAGAUCAUUGCACAAGAGGACAUCAUAGUACGCAAGAGAAUUCAAGAAAGAGAGCAACAACGAAGACAGCAGCAAAAACAACAACAUGAUGAUGAUGUUGAUGAUGAUGUCAACAAUCAACAAAAAACAAUCAUCGAUUCACAACCCAUGUAUGACAUUGACUUGGCACAACCAUCUGGUUCUCAAACACUCUUUGCCAUCCCUCCAUCCAAUUCACCUGGACUGUCAUUGCAGUCCGACCCAUCAAUAUCAUUUUGCUCGCCUUCCACCACCAUCAAGAAUACCAACAAGCCAGCCACGACCUCCGUCACGAACAAUGUCCAAUCUCAACACGAUGAGUUUGAUCAUCAUCAAGACCCUGUAGUUGAGCCAGAUACCCUGGCGAUGCCUCCACCUCCAUUUCCACCUUCACCUUCUCCCCCACUAUCACCUCCACCUCCCCUCAACAAUCAAGUUGUUGAAGACAGUGACAUCAAGGACAAAGGACAUGAAAAUAAUGAUGAUGACGACGAUGACGAUGAAGAACAAGGUGAGGCCCAAUCACAGCAGGAGAUCAAGGAUAUAUUGGCCGCAUCUCAACUUUACAACAAGAUGUUCUCACAAGCGUAUGCAUCAUGGUCUGAUGAGGAAGGUGAAGAGUUGAUCAGUCCACCACCUCUGGAUGAGGCCAACAACAAGUACCUAUCAUUGAAGCGCAAGACACCACCAACCAAUGAUGUUGUUAUGGCCAACAAUCAAGAUGUUCAACGUCAACGAUUAGAUCCAAGAGCGGAGGAAGAAGAAGAGUACGAUACAGAUAUACCUCAAUAUGAUGGAGGCCGUGAUGAUUAUAUACGAGAGAAGAAAAGAAGACCAUCAUCACAUGUACAUAACAACAUCAACAAUAACAACAACAACAACACUGGUCUUAUUCAAUUACCAAUACCAACGCCAUUGGUGACCAAGUCAACAACAAAGUUCAAUCAUCGCUUUGACAAUAAUCGAUUGAUUGCAGUACCUAGCGAUCAAGGUCCUGAAGAGGACCCAAUCAUGUCCUCACAGAAGCCAUCAACAACAUCGACAACGACGACGACAACUACCACCUCAACUCCAAAGUCAAAGACAAAGUCAAAGACAUCAAAGCAUCAUCACUCAUCAUCAUCAUCAUCAUCACAUGGAGCACACAGCAAUCGUGUCCACAAACAACAACCUACUUCACUCAGGUUUGGUUCUGCCAAUCCAACAACCUCGACCACUUCAACGACAAGUACACCCUCAACAAAUGGAUCAGGACGCAAACAUAGACAUAUAGAUAUAGAGUACAACAACAACAACUACAAUGUGGACAACUCACCAACUCGCGCAAGGACUUCAACCACAACGACUUCUUUGAAGUCAUGUAUGAAGAAGACAACAACUGGGAGGCAUGAUGCCAAGAGAGUCAGGUUCGAUAUACCAUCCGAGGAGUUUGUAUCUGAGACACAGUAUCCCGCCCAGGUUACGACUACUACCGUGUUUGAACCCACUCCUAUGCCGUCAUUGUCAGACAGCAUGAUGGUGAUCAGCUCAAGUGCCACUCUGUUUGUGCCAGAGACACCUCCCAGCGAAGAGUCUCCGACAAAGACAUCCCUUCUUCGCCAAGACAUAGUCCCUUCGUCCACCUCACCAUGCGCCCCCUCCCAACAAACAGAUGUCUUCAUUGAUCCCUCGGCCAAUGUUGUUGCCCAACAACAGUUCCAGCCAAACGUACAGGCUUUGGCCCAGCCAGCGCAAGCUCAACCUCUCGUCCGUGUUGAAUCACCAACGAUCUCUCCUGAGCCCAUGGCUACGCCACCUACCCAACCGUCGCCAGUCACAGCACUGACGAUGCCUUUCACAAUGUGGUCUCCGGUCAAGGACUCUGGCGGUGCAAUCUUCUCGCCAUCCUCGACACCACUCACACUACCAAUUACCUCCCCCAAGUUUGAACAGCUCAAGGUUCCAGUUGGCGAGAGUCCGACCAAGGAUAACCUUCCUCCAGUUAUUGAUGUUAUGCCCCCACCUCCUCCACAACCCAACACUCCUCCUCCUCCCCAGCUACCAGUUGGCAACACGAUACACAAGAAAGGGAAGUCACCAACACCACCCAGUCCAUACAAGGAUGCAUUGACUCCACCUCGACAGCAUACUCCCCCUCCUCCAUUAUUUGCACCUCCCUCCCCUCCACCACCAUUAUACGAACCAAUCAAACUUCGAACCAAGACAGUAGUUUCGAAGCCAGAUGCCGCUGUCCAUCUUCCCAUACACUCCCCUCCACCCUCACCACCCUCUCCACCUUCCCUGCCCCCACCUCCACAUAUCAGUCAUACACUCCCUGAUGAGAAAAUGCAGGAACAAGACCAGGAGGAAGAGGAUAUGAUGAUGGAUAGUCCUAUAUCAAUCAUUGAUGUUGCUGAGAAUGAUGAGGAUGAUGAGGGGAUGAUGUCAUUGUCAUUGCAUCAUCAGUCGCCAACUCCACCAGUAUCGCCACCACCACAGAGCAAGGGAUCAAAGUCAGACUCUGGAAUGGACUUUUCAUUUGGAAGUAUGCAACCGACAACGGUCGACAACACACGUGGCCAGAAGCCAGUAUCUCCUCAACCACCUGCAGCCAUCAAGACAAUUUACAACAAAUCACCAUCACCUUCAAUCGCAUUAUUCACGGAUGGCGGUGGAGGAGGAUACACGCGAGAGACAUGUGAUGGAGUAGUUACACUUAGUCAUCGACCACCUUCCAAUGUUGAUCUACUCAAGGAGUUGACAAUGACCAACAAGCCAAUCAACAUUUACAAGGAUGCCUUCUACUCCAACGAGACCGACAUGGUCAAGAAGCGACUGGGUGAUGUGCCACCCUUCAAAUCAAACAUCAAACAGAUCAAGGGCAUAUCAUAUUGGAGGAGCUUGGAGGGCGCGAGACAGCCCAGGGUGCCAGAGGCCAAGGUCUACACUUUGUCCAUCCCGCCUCCCUCCCCAGCAUCAUUGCUCCAGGCAUUCAAGAAUCGUGACACAACCACCGCCAACUCGUAUCACCUCCAUCCGCCACAACCACAACCAAAGGCAGACCAUAAUCUUGUGGUGGACAACUUUGAUGGCAAGAGGGGUGCACCAAAGAAUGUCGACUACUCCCAGGUGUCACAGGGCACACCAACAUUCAGUUACAUUGCCAAACUGCGUCCGGACAAUCAGGACAGCGUUCAAUCACUCCAGUCCAACAUGAACCAGUUCCUCACGAUCCUGAGCGUGGAGAUACACGUCAACACACGCGACACGCUCAAUCCCAACCCAGAGCUGGACGGCAUCGAAUCCGUCUUUUACUGCUGUCGCGACGAAGGUCAGAUCGAGGCUCAGGGCGAAAACUACAAGGACCUGUGCGGUGUCAUCAUGGUCGGCGACAGAAGCGAGCAAGCCACCGCCAAUCAUCUCGGGUUCGACUGCCAGGUCACAUACUGCGCUGACGAACACGAGCUGCUCAAGACCUUUUGCCAACUUGUUCGCAGCUUUGACGUUGACAUCUUUGUUGGCUUCGAGAUCCAACUGUUGUCGCUUGGCUACAUGAUCGAACGUGCACGUGCCAUUGGCGUGUCACUGUGCGAUGAGGUGAGCCGAGUGAUCUCCCCCGUACAAGCACAGUUCAAUAUGAAGUCAGACAACUACUUCUCGCGUGAACUAGAUCGCUUUGGCUACGAUCAUUCAUCUGGCAUCUCAAUCAUUGGACGCAUCGUGAUCAAUACCUGGCGACUACUUCGACACGAGAUCACGUUGGACAACUACACAUUCGCCAACCUCUCGUUCCAUUGUCUCAAGCGUCGCGUUCCAGAGUUCAGCUACGAGACACUCACCAGCUGGUAUCAAUCGGGCCAGCGUUGGCGCACUCUCAGCUACUACAUCGAUCGUACUAAGGGCAAUCUCGACCUGAUCUACAGCUUCGACAUCAUUGGACGCACGAGCGAGCUGGCGCGUGUCUAUGGCAUUGACUUCUUCAGCAUUCUAUCUCGUGGCUCACAGUUCCGCGUGGAGUCCAUGUUGCUGCGUCUGACCAAGCCCGAGAACUACAUACUCUACUCACCAUCUCGCGAACAAACAACCAAUCAACCAAUGCCCGAGUGUAUCCCAUUGGUCAUGGACCCCAUCUCCAAGUUGUUCAACUCACCCAUAGUCGUGCUGGACUUCCAAUCGCUCUACCCAUCGAUCAUGAUCGCCUACAACUAUUGCUACUCAACUUGUUUGGGCAAGGUGAUGCCUGUCGAUCCAGUGACCAAUGACAAGCGCAUGGGCUCGGGCAAGAUCAACAUCAAACCUGGACUGCUCAAGUUGCUCCACGACAACAUUCAGGCGGCGCCCAAUGAGGUGAUGUACACCAAUCAGCAGACCAGACGCGGGCUGUUCCCAAAGCUACUGAGCGAGGUGCUAGAGACACGUAUCAUGGUAAAGAAGGCAAUGAAGAAGCACAGGGGCAACAAGAAGAUUUACAACAUGUUGGACGCGAGACAGCUCGCUCUCAAGAUGAUGGCAAAUGUAUCUUAUGGCUACACGGCCGCCACAUUCUCUGGAAGGAUGUCAUGCAUUGAGCUGGGCGACAGCAUUGUACAGACUGCGAGGGAGACCCUGGAGGGCGCCAUCAAGAUUGUCGAGCAGUCCAAGGAAUGGCGAGCAAAGGUAGUCUAUGGUGACACGGACAGUCUGUUUGUGCUGUUGCCUGGAGUGUCCAGGGAGGAAGCAUUCGUCAUUGGACAGAGGAUUGCUGACAAGGUCACAUCGAUGAACCCGAGACCUGUUCGAUUGAUGUUUGAGAAGGUAUACCAUCCCACACUGCUCGUCAACAAGAAGCGAUAUGUUGGCUACAAGUAUGAGAACGCCAGUCAGCAGGAACCCAUCUUUGAUGCCAAGGGCAUAGAGACAGUUAGGAGAGAUCAGUGCAAGUUGGUGUCCAAGAUCAUGGAGCGAACGAUACGUAUCUUGUUUGAGAAGAAGGAUCUGUCCCUGGUCAAGUCAUACAUGAUGAAACAAUGGCAGAAGAUCUUCCAGGACAGGGUAUCACUUCGCGACUUUGUCUUUGCCAAGGCCGUCAAACUUGGCAACUACUCGACCAACGGCACACUGCCCGCUGCAGCUCAGCUUGCGAUGCGUAUUAUGGAGAAGGACCCGCGUGGAGAGCCACGCUAUGGUGAACGAGUGCGAUACGUCGUUGUCUAUGGCACGCCACAGUCUAGACUGUGCGACCUUGUGAUCAGUCCCAGCGAGUUCAUUGCCAACAAACAUCUGCGCAUCAACAUCAUCUACUACAUCACCAAACAGAUCAUACCGGCCAUGGACAGGAUACUAAAGUUGGUUGGAGUCAACAUUCAUCAAUGGUACUCAUCAUUCCCCAAACAAUAUGCUGCCACGCCCAAUCAAAGGAUCAACCUAUUCUUUAGCAACAAUCAUCAUAUGAUCCAACAACAUCAACAACAACAACUCCAGCAACACGAUCAACAACAACAGUAUACAAUUGAUCAGUUCUAUCAUAGUAUCAAUUGUUUUGUUUGUGGAGAUGGUGUACCAGUUAACAACAACAACAACGAUGAAUGGAUGUAUGUGGAGGAGAGUGUUAGACUGCCACUCUGCCAGUCAUGCUACGAGGACCCUCAGGCCAGUCAUUUCAUAUUGGUCAACAGACUCAAUAGUAUUGAGCAACAGAAGAAUAAGCUGCAAGAGAUAUGUCACACAUGCAUUGGACACCAGACCUACACAACCGACAUUGAGUGCCAGUCUCUGGACUGCGAGGCCUUUUACGAACGGGUCAAGUUACUGGCCCUCUACAACAACAUCAAUAAGUGGCAUCAGAGCGUUGCAAACUCAUGA